AUGUCUGAUAUAGAGGCUUUAUUGCAAUUCAAUCGGAAACCGGUUUCUCAAGAGAUGAUAACGUACUUGGCAAGGUCCACUGAGAGUAUCAUACAAGUACGUGAAACUCAUAGCAUGAUUGAUGUCGCUAUUCCAGCACCAAAAUUGGAAUUGUUCAUCAAGAAGCUCGUUAAGUACUCGAAUGUGCAAACACCAACAUUAAUGGCUACCACGGUUUUUCUUACGAAACUGAGGUCUAUUAUACCAGCUAAUGUAUAUGGUAUUGAAACUACUAGACAUAGAAUAUUUCUGGGUUGUUUGAUCCUUUCGGCAAAGACUCUGAAUGACUCCUCACCGUUGAACAAGCACUGGGCCCAAUAUACUGAUGGAUUGCUACAUUUGAAAGAAGUCAACACUAUUGAACGUGAGCUUCUCGAGUACUUCGAUUGGAAUCUUACUUUAUCAACAAAUGAUUUGAUCCAAUCAUUGGCUCCAUUUUUGAAGCCUAUCAAGGACCAAAUCAUCAGAUCAAGACAACAGGAGUUGCUAUUGUUCAAUGCACCAACUCCUUCUCAAUUGAAGUCGUACAUGAACUCACCACAAUCGCGUUCAUCUUCCUACAACUCUAUCCCAUCAUUGUCAUCGUCAAACACAAUCUCUACAAUCAACUCAUCGAGAUCUAGAUCCUCCCUCAAUUACAGCGCCAACAUACAAACCAUACCAGAAGGCGAAUCUGAUGUGGUAUCUCAAAGAAAGACUAGUCUGUCAAACCUAGAUCCUAACAAAUAUGCAAACACUUCUGUAUCAGAGAAGAGAAAAUCAAGCAGACCAAUAAUAUUAAAGACUGGGCUUGACAAGCCCAUGGUUGCCGGACAAACUAAGAUAAAGAGGUCAAAUUGGACUAACUUCUUUUAG